AUGUCUGCAUCGACGACGGACAUUCCGCUGCGGGUCCAGCGGCCAAGGCUCUCGCCGGGCGACAGAACACACUCCACCGAUGACACCGAUGCGUCACUGCGCUCGUCAUCUUUGGAUUCCUUCGACAUAAACACCGAGGACGACCCAACACACAUGGCGCUGGAGCGGCGGCUGGGCCUCUGGAGCGGCAUGGCAAUCGUCAUGGGGUCGAUCAUCGGAUCGGGGAUAUUCUCGACGCCAGCGCUAAUUCUCGAGUCCGUCGGGUCGGUCGGCAUGAGCCUCGUGGUCUGGGUGGUUGGUGCGCUGGUCAGCCUCUGCGGCUGCGCAGCGUACAUGGAGCUCGGCACAAUGCUGCCGCAGAGCGGCGGGGAAAAGGCGUACCUCGACGCGGCGUUCCCGCGGCCACGCGCGCUUUUGGCGUUUGUGUUCUGCGCGUGCGCGAUUUUCGUCGCCAGCCCCAGCGGGCUGGCAGCGGAUGGCGUGGUGGCCGGGUCGUAUCUGCUGUAUGCGGCGACCGGGCAAGCGCAGGGGCAUGCGGCGUGGGCGGAGCGGCUGAUCGGCGUCCUGGUGACGGUGCUGUGUGGUGUCAUCCAUGCGGUGUGUGCGCGCGCGGCGAUCCGGGUGCAGACGGUGUUGACGGUCGUCAAGGCGCUGCUGCUGGUGCUGGUCGUUGCCGUCGGCGCCCUCAGCGCGCUCAGCGCGCCCAACGCGGGCGCAGCGGCGGCAGCGACGCCGUCGGACUUGUUCGCUGGCAGUGCGCGCAACGCGAACGCGUACGCGGGCGCGCUGUUCAAGCUGCGCGAUCCGGCGCGGACGCUGCCACGCGCGGCGCUGGGCGGGCUGGCGCUGACGGCGCUGCUGUACAUUUUGUCCAACGUCGCAUACUUUGCAGUGCUUGACGCCGAUGCCGUGCGGUCGGCAGGCACGACGGUUGCGGGCGUGUUCUUUACACGUACGCUGGGCCCGCUGUGGGGCCAGCGCGUGGUGCCGGUGCUGAUUGCGCUGGCGACGCUGGGCAACGUCAUGUGUGGUACGUUUGCUGCGUCGCGGCUGGUUUUUGCGGCGGCACGCGAGGGGUAUGUGCCGAUGGGCCACUUAUGGGGCGCGGUCAGCAUGCGGUUCCAGACACCGGUGUGGGCGCUGGGCGCGUCGACCGUGCUCACGUGCGUGUACAUCGUGGCGCCGCCGCCCGGCCAGGCAUACGCGCUGCUGAUCGACGUCGGCGGGUAUUCGACGUGGGUGUUUAGCGGGCUGGCUGUUCUGGGGCUGCUGCGCUUGCGGUGGACGCGCCGCAAGCUGCCGCGACCGUUCCGUGUGUGGAUGCUGGCCGUGGCCGUGUCGCUGGCCGCCGCCGCCUUCAUGUGCGUGGCCCCGUUCGUCAGCCCGCCGCCCGCUAGCGAGACCGAAGCUGAGCCCGCUGCCACGCUGCCGUACUGGGCGGCGCCGCUGGCGUCGGCUGCCUUUAUUGUGCUGGCGUGCGGCCUAUGGUACGUCCAGUACAUUAAGCAGGGCGGCUAG